AUGAAACUUUCUCUCGCCCUCGCUGGCGCUUCGCUCAUGGGCAGUGCCCUGGCGGCCCUGCCUGCGAUCGAAUCCAAGGGAAAAAAGCUCUUCUUCUCCAACAAUGGCACUGAGUUCUUCAUUCGCGGUGUCGCCUAUCAGCAGGAAUAUUCGGCCAAUGGUAGCGCCAGUGACAACAAGAACUACAAGGAUCCCCUUGUGGAUUUGGCCAACUGCGAACGUGAUAUCCCGUACCUGCAGCAGCUGCGCACCAACGUCAUCCGUACCUAUGCCGUUGACCCCAAGGGAAACCAUGACGACUGUAUGAAGAAGUUGGAUGAGGCUGGUAUAUACUUGAUCACCGACCUGUCGUCCCCCUCGGAGUCCAUCAUCGACCAGGACCCCCAGUGGAAUGUGGAUCUCUUCGAACGGUACACCAGCGUGGUCGACGCCUUUGCCAAGUACAGCAACGUCAUUGGUUUCUUCGCCGGCAACGAGGUCGCUCACAAGAAGAACUACACCAGCUCGAUGGCGUUUGUCAAAGCCGCUGUCCGUGAUAUGAAGAAGUACAUCCGGGCCAAGAACUACCGCGAGUCCUUGUUGAUUGGUUACGCCACCGAUGACAACGCCGACACCCGUGAGGACUUGUCUCAGUACAUGGUGUGCGGUGAAGCGGAUGCUCGCAUUGACAUGUUUGGUUACAACAUCUACGAGUGGUGCGGAGACUCCAGCUUCGAGCGCUCUGGCUAUGAGGCCCGUACCAAGGAGUUCCAGGACUAUCCCGUUCCUGCAUUCUUCUCCGAGUACGGAUGUAUUGAGCCCCGCCCCCGUAAGUUCAGCGACGUUCCUGUCCUGUUCGGUCCCAAGAUGAACAACGUCUGGAGCGGCGGUAUUGUCUACAUGUACUUCCAGGAGGACAACAACUACGGUCUGGUGUCUGUCGACGGCAACAAAGUCAACACUCGCAGCGACUUCUCCUACCUCUCUUCACAGAUGCAGAAGGUCACCGCUACCGGUGUGAAAAGCGCCGACUACGCCGUCAAGUCCGCUGCGCCAUCGACUUGCCCCACGGUUGGCAAGGAUUGGGAGGCCUCCGAGAAGCUCCCUCCUGCCCCCAACCCAGACCUGUGUGACUGCAUGAUGAAGUCCCUGUCCUGCAAGGUGAAGGACUCGGUCAAGGAGAAGGACUACAAGAAGCGGUUCGACUACAUCUGCGCUCAGAUUGAUUGUGACGGCAUUCAAGCGGACGCCACCAAGGGCAAAUAUGGCGCGUUCAGUGUUUGCGACGCCAAGCAGAAGCUCUCAUACGUCAUGGACCAGUACUACCAAGCCCAGUCCGACAAGAGCCAGGCCUGCGAUUUUGACGGCAAUGGCCAGACUCAGGACGCCAGCCAUGACAAGGGCACUUGCUCUUCUAUGUUGAAGGAAGCUGGCCCCAAGGGUACUGGCAGUGUCACUGCGUCGCCCACCGCUGGGGGUGGUAGCAACGCAGCCAGCACCAGUGGUGGCUCCUCCACCUCCGAGGGUGCUGCCGGAGUUACCUCGCCGAUGGCCGUACACGUUGGCAAUUGGCAGUUCGGCGCUUACGCUAUGAGUGCACUGGUUGCCGGUGUUGGCAUGGUCCUGCUUUAA